CCAAGAAAUACAAAUUGAGAAAGGAAAAAAAAACAAAUUUGUCUAAGACGUAAAAAUGGAAGAGUAUGAAGGGUUAGGAACAUCAUUUGUGAAUCAUUACUACCAUUUAUUUGAUAAUGAACGUUCUUCUCUAAUUUCUCUAUAUCAACCAACUUCUUUGCUCACCUUUGAAGCCCAAAAAUUUCAAGGGGUCGAGGAAAUUUCUGCUAAGAUCAAUAGUCUACCGUUCGAUCAAUGUCGACAUUCGAUCAGCACCAUUGAUUCACAACCUUCGUCUAAUGGGGGUAUUAUUGUCUUUGUAAGUGGUAGCUUGCAGUUGGCUGGUGAAGAACAUCACCUAAGGUUUAGCCAGAUGUUUCAUUUGAUUCCAACAGCCCAAGGCAGCUACUUUGUGCAAAAUGAUAUAUUCCGUCUAAAUUACUGUUGAUUGGCUCGUGGCUCUCGAUCGGAAUAAACCUUAUCACCUUAAUUGUAAUUGCCAACAAUAUGUUAUUUACUUGCUAGUUGAUUUCGUCUGGAAGUUCAAUGAUCACACUUGUUCAAAUCAUGUUUUGUUGUCUCACUGUAUAUAUUCAAAAUAUCAACUUUUAUAAUGUAACGUUUGUUAAUGAAUAAUUGAAAAUAUUAAUAGUUAAAAGUGUGAGUUGGUAGA